AGAUCUUCACUUAACGACUGAACACCACGAGAGCAGGAGCUGUGUAGCCGGCGUCCAAAAGGACGAAGAUAUAUUGAGUUAUUUGAAAACACAGCCAUCACUAAAGAUGUUUAAGAACACAUUUCAGAGUGGAUUUUUGUCCAUACUUUACAGUAUAGGAAGCAAACCGUUGCAAAUUUGGGAUAAAAAGGUGCGAAAUGGUCACAUCAAACGUAUCACAGACAAUGACAUUCAGUCGUUAGUUUUAGAAAUUGUUGGAACAAAUGUCAGCACAACAUACAUCACAUGUCCAGCAGAUCCAAAGAAAACACUUGGUAUUAAGCUUCCAUUCUUGGUGAUGAUCAUCAAAAAUUUAAAGAAAUAUUUCACAUUUGAAGUACAGGUCUUAGAUGACAAGAAUGUCAGAAGGCGAUUUAGAGCUAGCAAUUACCAGAGUACCACACGAGUGAAGCCAUUUAUCUGUACCAUGCCAAUGAGGUUGGAUGAUGGCUGGAAUCAAAUUCAGUUCAACUUGUCAGAUUUCACAAGGAGAGCAUAUGGAACAAACUAUAUUGAAACCCUGAGAGUCCAGAUUCAUGCCAAUUGUCGGAUUCGAAGAGUAUACUUCUCAGACAGACUAUAUUCAGAAGAUGAAUUACCGGCAGAAUUCAAGUUAUACCUACCUGUCCAAAACAAGGCAAAGGCAUAACAAAAAAUAUCUGACUAUUAGAACAUUUUAACUCAGUGUAAAUACAUCAACAUUUAAAACAAAAAACUGUUCAAAUUGCUACUCAAGAAAGUUACAAAAAAUUGUCUGUGAAUAAGAAAAAAAUUUAAUGGAGGACUGAAAAAUAAUAAAUGUGUACUUCAGUUUAUCUGUGAUGUUGGACAAUAUGAACAAACGGAUCUUUGGCAACAAUAGUGGAAUGAACAAUUGCCUGGCACAUUUGUCUUUUGAACAUGUGCAUUGAUUCUGCUCCGCCAUUACCGGUUUUAAGUGUUCAUAACUAACAGUUCUCUCGUUACUUUUUUUGUGUUAUUCGAUGCAAAUUUAUUUCUGUAGGCUUUCUUAUUUUAUGAAAUGAUCUGUAUAAUUCUUUUUAUUGAUUUUAAAACUCAGGACUAGGUGUUAUAGAAAAAAAUCCUGAUUAUUUUGUGAUUGAAAACAAAAACUUCUGAAAAAUUGUUAUUGUGAAUAGCUGGAUGACUGAUAUGAGAGUAUCAAAAUGGAAAAUAACUUUUCAUUAAACACUUGAAAAAUAAAUUCCCAGGAAGAUUUAUUUUUUUUCUUUGCAAAGUUGGGGAUUUGUUGCAAUAUAUGUUAUAUAUCAAAGUUAUUUGUUAUAUUUUGUUUCAACUGAUUUCCCAACUUUUCAUUAUUUUCAUUUAUAAAAAUACAUUUCACUCAAUCAUUCAGCUUCAUUUAAGCAUGAGACAUAUUCAAAAUGUUCUUGCAUUUUUUUUAUUACCCAUUGUAAAUAUAGGGAAAAAAAUAAACUUACAAAGAACAAUUUUUUCUUGUUUUGACAGGGAUAUUUAGGGAAAGGGGGGAUGUUUUAAAUAAGUGAGAUUAUUAUACUCCACUGGUAAAUGUGCUCUCUGUGUGUGCUUGUGUUGGAGACGCCUUAACGGUGCUUAGUGAGUCUUUAGAGUAUUGUAACUUUUGUCCACAAUUUGUUUGUUAUGUUUGGUUUGAAGUCUGACAACGACAUUCAGGCCAAAAAUAUUAUAAGAAUAAAUACUAUAUAAAAUCAA